AUGAGUGGUCCAGACGAGGAAGGGAAAGCAUCUGUCAGCGUAACAAAGGAUGUUGUUCAAACAAGUUUCCAGACCGAAUUGGUACCAGGAAACAAAGAUAAGACUGCUCCUGGCAUUAAAACUGAGGAGACAGUGAGAACAAGAGUAGAUGUGCUAAAACCAGGCACUGAAAAGGAGUACAUGACUCAGAGUGUGCUCUCUCAGCUCGGCUCUGUUGCUCUCAGAGCUGUGCUGCCAGGUGAGGCAGAGAUGAAACCUGCAGAGAGAGGUUCAGACACUGCGACACUAAGUGAGACACUGGUGAAGCCAGAGCUGGGGGAAACCACACAGAAAGGACCCAAAAUGACCAAGGAUCGUGAUGUGAAAGGUAUGCAUGCUGAGGUGUCAACAAAAGAUGUUCAUGGUGCACCCCAGAGCCUGGAUGAAAAGUCUCUUAGGAUGGAGAAAACUCCCAAAGGGGCUACACAGGCCACUAAAAAGGAGAAUGAAAGCCAGUCUCUUGUUGCACCAAAAGGUGUAGGGAUUAAAGUAGAUCAAACAAUCCAGGGUGAUAGAGUGCUAGGAAACAAAGACCUGGCUUCAGCUGUGAUUCAGCCAGAUAAGACUGCAAUGAAAAUGGCCAUGGCUGAAAUUGGGUCCCAAGACCAGCCUGCUAAAGUGAUGACUACCAUUCAAGAAAAGUCAGACAGUAUGAAGAAAAUUCAGGGAGUGGCUGAAGUACCUGCUUCAAGCUUGAAACCAAGCCUUGCUGUGACUCAACAAAGACUUGUCAAAACCACACAGGAAAGCCUGAAAGAGAUGAAGGAUGGUGGUGUCCUUGAAAAACAACAAGGGUCCUCACGUGACGUGCUAGAUGCACCAAGAAGCCUUGAUGAAAAGUCAGUCAAAACAGGAGAAAUUCCCCCAGUUGUGCGUGAAUCUAGAACUGUCACAGUGGAAAAGGAACAAAAGAUUGAACCAGAGUCUGCAGGAGAAGGCAAGGAUGUGCCAACCACCAAACUUCAGCCGGACAAGUCUACAGUCAAGGUGACCACAGUGGAAGUGCAAGAAACCUUCACUGAAUCCCUCCCUGAUUCCAGUGUGGUCCCUAGAACCCAGAGGGAGAGGUUCUCAACGAAUGCAGAGAAGAAAACAGUCCAGGGAGAGGAGGGCGAGAGGAUGGUCCCAGUAGAAACUCAAAAGGCAAUGUCAACGACCACCACCACUAGUGAAGUGACGCUUCAGAUUCUGGAUUCCCCACAGGGGCAGGUGUACAAGACUGACAAGGUGUCACCAACUGCUCCAACCUGGGGUGAGCUCACCCUGGUGGAAGGAUUGUCCCCCCAGGCAAAGAAAAGUCAGGCCGAGGCAAGUACUGUUGAGACUGAGAAACUUGUUCUGGAGGAGCCAGAAGGAUCGGCCAUGGGAAACAUCUUCAAAGAAAUACAGCUGCGCACAGGAACAGGACCCAGCAGUCCUGUCAUGGAGGGUAAACCACAGGAGGAUGCUCCAGAGGGUCUGAUCACACCCACCAGUGACCUGGAUGGUCGUCUCAGCAGGCUGGUGUCCAAAGUCUUAAGCUGCAAGAACCAACCAGCUGAGCUCAACCCAACGGCCAUGGCCCAGCAGCUGGAGGAGGCUCAGAGGUGUCGAGACUCCGCCGAGGAACAGGUCUCUUUGCUCUCUCAGCUGAAAGGAGCUGACGCUGAGAACAAGGAUGCUCUGGAGCAGGUGGAGGAUCAGUGGAAUACUAUUGCUCAGGAUGCAGCGGCUGCCAUCGAAAGUAAGGAGGCCCAGCUGCGGGACGUGACUGAUUACUGCAUGCAGACCAAAGCAGCAGAGACCGCGCUGGAGACACUGGUAUCAGAAGUGGACGGUGUUAGAACGUCUCCAGAGGAGAGCAGCUCCAAAGAGGCAGAGCGACUGUGCUCCUUACAGAGGAGUAUGGAGGAGAACAGACCGGUCCUCGGGCAGCUGCUGUUGACCCAUACCAAGUUGUGCCCACGCCUUAGCCGCUCUGAGCAAGCAACUGCACAGACUGAGCACAAGAGCCUACAAGAGAAGUGGAGGGGUCUGGAGAGAGAUGUGGAGAGGUCAUUGUAUCACACAAAUGUACAUUCUCAAGAGACAAGCAGCCUUCAGUCAGAGAUAUCAAAUCUGCAGAAUCAUCUGGAGACAAUCGGUAAAGACCUUGCAGCCAAAUGUCCUUCAGGUACUCCAUGGGAUUGCAAGAAGGCACAGCAGCUAAUGGUGGCAAACGCCGGGGUCAAAGCUGCCCAGCAGAAGUACCUUCAUUUGCAGCAGCAGUUAGAGGCGGUGCUCCUCAGCUCACACUGGAAGACAGAAACAGAAAAGAUCCAGCAGGAGCUCCAGAAGGUCAAAGACCAGCUGAGCCACACAGAGGAGGUGGUGUCCUCCCAAAGCCAGAACAGCAGCAACCCCAUCAUGGAGAAAAUCAUCGUGGUGAUGAGGGAUGGACUGGCCUGGGCGAAGCAGACGGAGACUGACAUCGAAGGCAGGAGGAAGAGGGUGGCUCUCCUGCCCGAGGAGGUGCACCAGCAGCUCAGAGACCUGAAGAAGCUGCAGUCUGAGGUCCUGGCCAAACAGUGCCAACUGGAGUCACUGGUGGAGGAGGUGACGGAGCUGCUUCCACAGCUGGACCAGGCUGAGGAGGUGCCGAUGGUGCGCAAGUCUCUGGAAUCCCUGGAAGAAAUCUCAAAGUCCACUACCGACAAGCUAGCCAAAGCUGUGAGGGAGACCGAGUCAGGACUUCAGACCAGGGAGAAGCUGUCGGAGCAGGUGGCUGAUCUGGAUUCCUGGGUUGUGGCUCAUCUGCAUAGAGAGGUUUCCAGGAGUGUGGACAGCGAGCUCAGGAGUCCUGCUGAGUUUGAUCGCAGAGUUCGUCAGAUCCAAGAUACGCUCACUGAGUCAGAGAAGCAGUCUGCGGUCUGCGAGGCUCUUCUGAUGAAGAGUAAAGACAUCGCUUCGGAACUCAGCAUCACAGAAAACUGUCAGCUCUUUGAGAAGCUCACCAACCUGCAGGAGGACAUCGGAGGCAUCAGCAGCUACGAGAAGGCCAACAAGCAGGAACUGGACGAACUCACCCAGACUGUAGAGUCCAGCAAGGAAAACCUGGUAGCUGUUGAGAAAAGCCUCAGACAGAUGAUAAUGGAUCUAAACAAACACAGGUUCCCCAUCACAAGAGAGUCCCUGCAAGCUCUGGAGCCUUGUAAGCAGAUGAUUUUGGAGCACAAGUCUCAGGUUGACCUUUUGCAACAAUGGCUCCCCAAGGAAAAGUCAAAAGAGCUGUACUCCGUCAUUUCUGAUCUCCACAACAAAAUGUCCACCGUGGAAACGAAAGCCAAAGAUCACGAGGCAUACCUGAACACGAGGCAGUGCAUGGAAGACCUCAAGGAGAGCGUUCAGGAGCAGGUCCACCUCACCAAAGGCGACAACAGAGAUAAGGUGGAGCAGUACAAAGUCUGUCAGACCCUUCUGCUCCAGUUCCCUCUGAUGAGGUAUUUGUCCAAGGAGGCUUAUUCCAAACUCCAGAUGAUCUCCGCUGACCUGUACCCCUCACAGCUCAACGCAGAGCGACAGAGGCUGAAGCAAAACGAGGACGGCAACGACACCCUGGAGAUGGCGCUCUACAACAACCUCAGCAUCAUCGAGUGGAACCUGCUGAAGGAGCUGGACCUGGACACUGAGAGGAAAGCCACCAGGGCGUUCCUCCAGAAGACCCAGCAGGAGCUCCAAAAUCUCCCCAGGCUGGAGCCAAAUGAUACGGUCAUUGACGGUGAAUACAGGAGAAUCAUGUCCCUGAAAAAGACAGUGGAGUCGAGGAUGAGGGUUCUGGAGGUUCUGGAGGAGAAGAAGGGAAACAAACAAGCGAAGGAAUCCCAAGAUCUGAUGCUCGUGAAGAGAGCGGUCCUCAGUGAGUGUGACAAACAAAUGGUGAACGUCUCCAAAGCCAGAGAGUCUUUGAGGAACUACACAAGUGCUGUGAGACAGGCGGCCAGAUUCCUGAAGGACAUCGAGGGGUCUCUGCUGCCUCCGCACGGCUCCGCUGGCCUCUGCUCUGAGAGGGUGGAGGACGCGCAGCAGGCCCUGGCCUCACUGCAGCAGCAGUUCCAGACCCACGUGGAGAAUCUCCAGACCCAGACUGUUCUGCAUCCUCACCUGUGCCCCCAGAAAGUGGAGCAGCUCCAGGAGAACAUUCUGAGCCAGCUGCUGGUGAGGAUGUCCACUCUGCAGGCGAAGGGCAACGUACAGCUGGACCUCCUGAGCAGGUGUGCUGAGAAUUACAGAAAAUACACCAAGAGUCAAGAUGACAUCAUGAAGAGUUUGAAUAGUGCGGAGAACAUCCUCUCACAAUCCAUCUGUCAAAAAGUCACCUGUCUCGCUGACUGCACCGACCAGCAAGCCAAGCUUAAAGCUCUCUCUGAGGAGGUGGAGUCCCUGCAGAAGCAUCUAGAGGAGCAGAAGGAGUGGUGCCCAGAGCAGAGCUGUUGUGGAGGCAGGGAGUCUGCUGUGACUGCUCAGUGGAAACGGUUAGCGAGACUGCGUCGCUGCACACUGUGGCUGACAGUCCACAGUAAACAGAGGGUCACUGAAUGGAGUGAUGUCACCAACAGUGUGGAGAAGGCCUCUGCUGUCCUAAACCAGGUGGAGGCGGAGCUUCCUGACAGCUCCCGCAUUAAAGGCACUACUGAGGAGCUGCAGGACUUGCUGCAGAUUUGGGAGCAGUACCAAGACAGGCUGGACUGUGAACAUCGAGCCCUGUCUGCACUGGAGCUCCGCACAGCCAGGCUGCUUGGUGUACCCGCGCAUCUCGAGCAGGCCCCGUCCAUUCCCAUCUGUCAGCAACUGCAGGCGAUGCAGGGAAGAUACGCCAGUGUGAAGCAGACGAGCAGGCAGGGUUUGGAAACGACCCGGGUGGAGCUGGAAGGGAGAGAAAAGGUCCGGGACGAGCUUCAGGGCAUCAAGGUCUGGCUGGAGGCUGCAGAUAGGGUUCUAACAGAGAUGGAGCGGAGCGGCAGCACACAGGAGCUACAGGAGGUUCACAGCCAGCUGUGGUCCCAGAAGGCUUUGCUCCAGCGCAUCAUGGAGAGCCUGAGGAUGAAAUACUCGGACAUGUACACCCUGGUCCCGGUCGACAUAGACGGCCAGCUGAAGGAGGUCACAAAAUCCCUUCAGAAAGUAGAAGUGAAGGUUGGAGAGGCGGUGGAGAGAAGUGGUCCCGUCCACAAGCUAGGGGCCAAACUGUCUGAGAUCCAGGCUGGUCUGAGGUCGGUUCAGAAAAGGCUGGAACAGAGAAGCCCCACUGUGGUUCAAGCAAAGGUCACCCAGAAGCGUGCGUGGGACGAGCUGGACGUGUGGCACUCCUGCGUGGCGGCACUGGAGGUGGACAUGCAGGACCUGGAGAAGCCAGAGGAGGCGCUGAGCCUCACAGAGAGGCUGGUGGAGGUCCAGCAGCUCCACUCUCAGAUCGCUAAACAGGCGGAGCAGAGGACCACGCUCCUCAGCAAGUUCCACAUUUGGCAGCAGGAGCAUCAGGAGAUGAUCAAGAGCUCUAAAAGCUGGAUGUCUGAGGCUCAGACUUGGCUCGCUGCCCCCUGCACCUACACCACGGCUAAAGAUCUGAGCAGCCAUGUUCAGGCUCUUCAGACGGUGUUGAAUGACUCGGCACAGAUCCGAAUCACCCUGCAGGACUUCAGCUCCGUCCUGAAUGAAAUGUCGCAGGUUUGUGAUGUAACAACUCUUCAGGAGCAGCUGGUGGAAGCGGAUCACGAAGUGGACAGUGUUCAAGACAGCUUCACUGCUCCUCUGUCUCAGCUGGAGCACGCUGCUGCUGAGGUGGAAGCAAUUGAGAGUGAAGUCAGGAAAAUGGAGAACAACGUGGCUGAGAUUAAGACUUUGUUAACGUCUCCAGAGUCCUUCCCCAGCCCCAAAGAAGAGAGCCUCAAGGCUGUUGAGAAGAGGAUCCAGUCGAUGAGGAGAACCAUCGCUGAAAUCCAAAAGUGCAAACCAGGACUUUGUCUACCAGAGAAGGCUGAAGACACUCUGAUCGUCUUCACCGUUGUGGACCAGCUCCAGACUUUGCUGCUUGAGCUGGAGAAGAAAGUCCCUGCUCUGUUCAUCCAGCAGCCUCCAACUCCCGACCAAGCCAAAGCUCCAACACUGAGCUCUCAGUUUAGACUCCUACAAUCUUCAUCAAAGGAGGAGAAGGAGGGCGGGGAGCAAGGCCAAAUCAGAAUUGCUCACGUUGAACAAGAUGUACUGAGGAGAUCUGGAGCCGCUCUCCUGACUGUAGAGCACACUUCACCUGAGCAGAGGAGGUCCUGGACCCCUGAAAGCACCAAGGUAAGGAAGCAAGGAACAUACACCGUCAGUGUGAACUGUCCUUACAUGUGA